AUGGGAAAUUGGAAAUUUAUUGAGACGGUCUCUAUGGAGCCUGAUAGUUCCGAAGUCAAUAUGGGCUUGAUCAUGAUGUCCACCAGGGAAGGUUUUCGCAACAUUUUCUGCAACAAACUAGCUGAGGUCAUUAAAACGAGCUAUCAACCAAUGGGAGAUGAGAAAAAGCCUUCAGAUAAAGCAAUCAAUGGUGCCUGCGACAUUAUAUCUAAAUAUGUCCAUGCAUGGGUGAUGGUGUACGAACGCAGACAAUCCACGGAAAGCAUCGAGUGGCUCACUAGAGAAGAACAAUACCAGCUCCAAAGCCAGCUCCAAAGCACGUACAUCCAUGGCAGCGCAGAAAGAGUACAGCACAUAGAAGUUGCCCAAGAACUGUUUGAUCCUUUGUUGAAGUUCGCAACGAAGGCCAGCCUCAAGGACUUCGCGACAUUCUUUAGUGAGUCAAUAGCAUACGACCGCGACCAUGCUCGGGCAUCACUCGACAAUCUCACCAGAAGAGAUGUCAUUCAUGAGGAGGAUGCGAAGAAAAUCAAGAGCACACUCAACACCGACUAUAAAGCUUGGUUGUUCAUGGAGUUUCAUAAUACAGCUGAUUUUGCCGCUCUCAUCGACAAUGAAAUAGCUCGAUUAAACAUCUUCAGAGUAUUGGAGGAAGAAAAUGUUGCGACUAACGCAUUGCUCCGCACCAUUUAUCAGAUAUAUAAGUGUGACACCGCAGGAAGGCAGGAGGCCAUUGGCCAAGAGGGCCUUAGCCGAGGAUGGACACGUGAUACAGGAUCCAUUUAA